GCUUGUAGAAACUAAGGUACUAAGCAGGAGCAAUGUGGAGUAGGACUGUUCUCUUAUUGUUCUAGACGUGCUUCCAAGACCCUUGGCAGAGCUAAGCCACCCUGCAGUGAACGAUUCAUGAAUCGUUUGUUACUUUUUUGGCCUUAGUUGAGUUUUGUUGGGCAUUGGAGUCGCUACCGCCCCAAAAUCUCUCACCAAGUUAUCAAGAUUUAUACUGCCGGCUCUUUACCAGUGCCAAGUACGUCUUACCAACCUCCACUGCAGAACAAGAAACAAGUCAAAAAGAAUACAAACGUACUCUUGCUAUACGGGAAUCUAGCUUAACUGGGCAGAACCUUAUCGCACACAUACCUCCCUCAAAUGACGCUCCCAGAUCCCCUAGGCCUCCUGAGAUAUAAAACGGAGGUGAACCCAACCAAACGUUGGGUUCCUCUGGUCAGCACCUCGGACGAAAAAGCCGAUUUCUACGUGCAACAGAACGAGUUGAUCGAUGGCUUUUUACAUAGCAGCCAGGAAGAACAGAUGCAGGCGGAGGACCAUGCCGAGAACGGCGGAAAGGUCAAACUAGCUGUGCGGGCUAGUUUUGUCGUGAACUUCUGCCUGUUUGUGAUCCAGCUGUAUGCUGCUGUAUCGACCGGUUCGCUAUCUCUUUUCGCGACGGCAGCGGAUGCAUUCAUGGACCUUGUCUCCUCCGUCAUAAUGCUAGUCACAUCACGAAUGUCGACUCGACCAAAACCAUACCAGUACCCGGUUGGACGCAGACGGGCCGAAACCAUGGGCGUUAUCGCAUUCUGUGCUCUGAUGACAACCGUGGCGAUCGAGCUGAUCAUCGAAUCGGCCAAGUCCUUGGCUGCGGGUAAGUCCGACUCGGACAGUCUUGAUAUUGUCCCCUUGAUCUGUGUGGGCGUGGCUAUCUUCUCCAAGUUCUGUCUAUUCCUCUAUUGCUACAGCUUGCGGCGAUAUCCCGCAGCCCAUGUGUUUUUCAUCGAUCAUCGCAAUGACCUAGCUGUGAACGGGUUCGGUCUGAUCAUGGCAAUCGUGGGGGAAAGAUUCGUCUGGUAUCUUGACCCGAUCGGUGCGACGUGCAUUGCCCUUCUCAUCUUGUAUUCCUGGGUUUCUGAAGCCUUCGAGAACAUGUGGUUGUUGAUCGGGAAGUGCGCUCCCCGUGAGUUCAUCAACAAGUGUGUCUAUGUGACAAUGACUCACGACUCGAGAGUUCAGAAAGUUGACACGUGCCGAGCGUACCAUGUCGGUCAGCAGUAUUACGUUGAGGUGGACAUAGUCAUGGACAAGGAUACCCGACUCCAGGAGUCACAUGACGUGAGCCAGGAGCUGCAACGCAAACUGGAGGGUCUUAGUGGUGUUGAACGAGCCUUUGUCCACGUUGACUACGAAUAUCUGCACGAUGUCCAUGAGGAGCACAGGCCUAUUUAUGACACUACCGCCCCCAGUCCUUCCGUCAGAUCCAUAGUGAAAAGGUUCUUUACCUCGAGCAACCCCAGAGAUAGGCAUGGGGAAGAAAGAGUCUAAGGAAUGUGGAAGAACUCUGGUAAAAUCCCUCAGCUAACAAGUGCCGAAAGCUUGACGGUGGAUGCUGUAUUUCCGGUUCUGGAAGGGAUGUCAAGAUCUACUCACAAUGUGAAGAAAUGUGCAGCUUGUAAAAUUACAUUCCUAGGGUCGAGAAAGUAUAACCACCUCCCCAUCGGGGAAUCGCUGGUCUAUUCGGAAAACCGAACAUCCAAGGGUAUGCCAGAUUACGUGCCCAAGUAAAUAUAUUUAAGACGUGACAGUAUCUCGCAGGAGUACGGAGUAUUGCAUAGCCUAUCUCUGAAGACCCUGUUUGAAGGCUUCAUGGUACCCAUUACCAGAUACGUAAUCAUACUCUCAUGAUCUAUCUAUGCGAGUGGGUGACGGUUUAAUAGCUACACUAAAUCGGUACCUUGGUAACCGUAGUAUGAGGUGAUUGCUCGACUAUCCACUUUCCUCAUCUAUGGAACUCACAAGUGAGGGGUUGAAUGUCAGCAGAAGCAGCAUAGAGUCGCUGCGCGGAGGUACAAUCUGAC